UCUUAUGUUUAUGAAGUUUUCGAAGUUAUGAAGUUGCGUGCGAGUCCCGGCCGCGGAAGGAGGAGAGAGACGCGCUGUUGGUGACUGCUCGCACCGGCAGGUGGUGCUUUAGCCCCGCAUCGCUCCAACGUGUUGCCUCUCGCUGACGUGCGAUCACACCAACUGGAGGCCCACUAUGGUAAUGACCCGAUUUUUUUUUUUCCUCCUUAAACGAUCGAUGUAGAUCGAGAGACGAGCAACAAAAAAAAGAUGAAUGAACCGGGUCAGAUCAAUUGUCAUGCGGACGGGUCGGCUCAGUACAGGAACAUGGAGAAGGGCAGAUAACCGGCCAGCGCGCUUUGAAGGGAAUAAUCGCUGCUAAAGACCAAGUGAGUAAACAUAAGGGAGAAACCGGAGCUCCUCAAUUUCAUCACUUUUGGUCAUUUCCAGGAACCUUCAGUUACAUUAUUGCACUUUUUUUAUUCUCCCUUACAGAUGCCUGUGGGUAAGGACUUAUUUUACAGAGGCAUCGACUGGUUUACUUGUCACAUAUUGUUCACCCGCCUGAACCAUGAAGGUGCGAUGUUUCUUUCUUCUCUUCUACUUCGCCGUCGGCAAAGGCCGGUCGCAAAAAGCCCUCGAAACUAUCAAGAUUGCCAUCGUGCUGCCUCACAACAACACCAACUACCCGUGGGCUUGGCCGCGAGUGGAACCUGCCAUCCAACUGGCCAUCGAGAGGAUUAACCAGGACAAGGAUCUGCUCAACGGCUACGCGCUCACCUACAUGUUCAAGAGCAGCGAGAAGGACGGCCGCUGCUCCGACACCCUCGCCCCGUUCAACGCGGUGGACUUCAAGAUGAAGCACGACCCUGAUGUGUUCGUGGGUCCGGGCUGUACCUACGCCGCUGCCCCUGUGGCCAGGUUCUGCAGCCACUGGAAUCUGCCCAUGGUCACCGGCGGAGCGUGGGCAUUCGGCUUCGACAACAAGACGGGGGACUUCAAUACCACCAUCCGCACCGGCCCCAGCUACACCAAACUUGGCGAAUUCGCCAAACACAUCCACGAGACUUUCAACUGGACCUCCAGGGCAGCCCUGAUUUACUUUGACUUAAAGAUGGACGACCGUCCCUUCUACUUCACCGGGGAAGGGAUUUACACCACUCUGGAGACAGAGUUCCCAAACAUGACGAUGAAAUCCGAAUACCUCGUGAAUCAAGAGCUGCGCCAGGCAGAGAUCAUCGACAUUAUACAAUUCAUUAAGGACAAUGCCAGGAUCAUCUACAUAUGUUUCCCGUUGGAAGAGUUUCGGGAGAUGAUGUUGUACGCGCAGAAGGAAGGUCUGACAGAUGGAGACUAUGUGUUUUUCUACGUGGAUCUCUUGGGCGAGAGUCUGAGAAGGAAGUCAACCGGACAGUCCACCUACAAACCCUGGGAAAAUAACCACAGCAGUGAACCACUCCUCAAAGAGGCUUUCAAAUCAGUGAUGAUCAUCACCUACCGGCAUCCCGAAGGCCCGGAGUAUUCUGAUUUCCAGGAACAUUUACGGGAAAGAGUAAAAAAUGGGCCAAAUAUCGAUAUGGACAAUUCUCUGGUCAAUUUUAUUGCUGGUUGUUUUUAUGAUGGAAUUUUGCUCUAUGCUAAGGCUCUGAAUGAGACACUAGCAGGAGGGGGAUCCAAAAAAGAUGGACUGUUAAUCACCAGGAAGAUGCUGGGUCAGCAGUUCCAAGGUGUCAAUGGAUUGGUGAGCAUUGAUAAAAAUGGUGAUAGAGACAUUGACUUUAGUCUCUGGAAUAUGGUCAACACAAAAACUGGAGAAUAUAAAGUUGUUGCUCACUAUCUGGGAAUAAAAAAACAGAUUUACCGUAUUCCCAAUGUAGAGAUUCAAUGGCCAUUAGGUUACAUUCCACCAGAUAACCCUCCAUGUGAGUUUGAAACUGAAGAAACAACCUGCCAAAGAGCUACUUUAUCUCUGCUUGGAAUUGUUGCGCUGGGAACUGGCCUCACUCUGGUGAUUUUUAUGAUAUCGAGUUUCCUUGCUUACCGGAAACUGAAGUUGGAGAAGGAAUUGGCUAGUAUGAUGUGGCGGAUCCGCUGGGAAGAAUUGCAGUUGGGAAACACUGAUAAAUACCGGAAGAGUGCUGGCAGCCGGCUUACAUUAUCCCUGCGAGGCUCUAGUUAUUGCUCAUUACUGACAACUCAAGGGAAAUACCAGCUUUUUGCAAAGACUGGCUACUUUAAGGGUAAUUUAGUUGCAAUAAAACAUGUAAAUAAGAAAAGGAUUGAGCUAACCAGGCAAGUGCUAUUUGAACUGAAACAUAUGCGGGAUGUGCAGUUUAAUCAUCUGACAAGGUUCAUUGGAGCUUGUAUUGAUACUCCAAAUAUUUGUAUUGUAACAGAAUAUUGCCCACGAGGAAGUCUUCAGGAUAUACUUGAAAAUGAAAAUAUUAAUCUGGAUUGGGUAUUCCGUUAUUCUCUCAUUAACGACAUUGUGAAGGGGAUGGCGUUUCUGCAUAACAGCAUAAUUGGGUCACAUGGAAAUCUUAAAUCAUCCAAUUGUGUCGUUGAUAGUCGUUUUGUGCUAAAAAUCACAGAUUAUGGUUUGGCCAGUUUUCAUUCAUCAUGUGAUAAUGAAGAUUCGUAUGCAUCCUUUGCAAAGAAACUUUGGACAGCACCAGAAUUAGUCAGGUGGAGAAGGGCACCAUCUCAAGGUACCCAGAAAGGAGAUGUGUACAGCUUUGGUAUUAUACUUCAAGAAAUUGCCUUGAGAAAUGGUCCAUUUUAUAUAGAAGGAAUGGAUCUCAGUCCAAAAGAAAUUGUGCAGAAGGUCACAAAUGGUCAGAAGCCAUAUUUUAGGCCAACAACUGACAUUAGUUAUCACAGUGAAGAACUGGGCAGCUUUAUGGAGAGGUGCUGGGCUGAAGAUAUUGUUGAAAGGCCUGACUUUAACCAAAUUAAGAUUCUGAUUAGAAGAUUUAAUAAUGAGGGCAGAAGCAGUAUUUUGGACAAUUUGCUGUCAAGAAUGGAACAGUAUGCCAAUAACCUGGAGAAGCUUGUAGAAGAAAGAACACAAGCCUACCUUGAGGAAAAGAGAAAAGCAGAAAAUCUGCUCUAUCAAAUUUUACCUCAUUCAGUGGCAGAACAACUGAAAUGGGGAGAAACAGUCCAGGCAGAGGCAUUUGACAGCGUCACAAUUUAUUUCAGUGAUAUUGUUGGAUUCACUUCAAUGUCUGCAGAAAGCACGCCGUUGCAGGUUGUGACCUUACUGAAUGACCUCUAUACUUGUUUUGAUGCUAUUAUUGACAACUUUGAUGUAUAUAAGGUUGAAACAAUUGGAGAUGCCUAUAUGGUUGUAUCUGGGCUCCCAGUACGGAAUGGAAAACUCCAUGCACGAGAGAUUGCCAGAAUGUCCUUAGCAUUGCUGGAUGCAGUGAGAUCUUUUAAAAUACGACAUAAGCCCAAAGACCAGCUAAAGCUACGAAUAGGAAUGCACACAGGUCCAGUGUGUGCAGGGGUUGUCGGGUUAAAAAUGCCUCGUUAUUGUCUAUUUGGAGACACUGUUAAUACAGCAUCUCGUAUGGAAUCUACUGGAGAGGCAUUAAAAAUCCACGUAUCCUCAAUGACCAAAAGCGUUUUGGAUGAGUUUGGAAGUUUUAAACUUGAGCUACGCGGGGACGUUGAAAUGAAGGGUAAAGGCAAAUUGAGGACCUACUGGCUGCUUGGUGAACAGAAGGAUAUUUCCGAUAUCUAAUAUGAUGUUCGAUGUGAAAUCGCUUGUACACUAUUAUACUGCAGAACAGUGAUUGUUCAAGCUGUAGUUUAUUUGUUACAUAAACAAAUUUUGGCUAUGUUAAUUUCUGGAAGAUCUUAGAAGAUAUCAGUAGCCUAGAAUUAUCCUGGGUAUGAUUCAUACCUGAACAAAGCUGCAAAAUAAGUAAUUUUUAUUAAGAACAUUUUUCUUCUUAGCUUUUCAAUAAACCCUUAUUUUUUUGUGCUUUCUAUAUUAAGAUUUAUAUAAUGUGUUUGAGAAUUUUUUUAAAUAUAAGGGGUAAAAAUCUGACCUUGUUCACUCGUGUUAAAUGAGUCCAAAAGUUUUCACUGUUAAUUGUACCCCUUUCAUGACAUAUUAGUCCCAUUGACUGUGAUGGAACCAAAUACUAGGAUGUGAUGAUACCUGGUGUUUGGUUUUCUCACACCCAUUUAACACUUUCAACCAAAGGUAAAUUCCUACCAUAAUAUUUUCCCAAUAUAAGCUGUACAUACUGUGUAUCUAAGAUAUUGCUAAAUAUUUUGUUCAAAUAAACCAGAUAAAAUUGGA